AUGGCCAACUCAACCUCUGACGGCUGUUCCCUCACUGCCGACGAUGCUUUUGGACCAAUCGUCCAGCACUGUCGCGACGGUUUCGACUUUACCCUGACGUUUGAACAAUGUCUCUUCACCAUACUCCCCGCCUCGCUCCUCAUUCUCAUCGCGCCCCUCCGGUUCCGCCACCUCGGCAAACUUCCCUACGCCGUCAACGGCACCACGCUCUGUCUAACCAAACAGGCCGCCAUCGCCCUCCUCGCCAUCCUGCAACUGGUUCUCAUAGGUUUGUGGGUAACGCACCACCGCGGCGACAUCGUCGUCGUCGGGGGCGGGGAAGGGGCCAGUAGCAGCGGAAGCCGUCUGCGCGCCGUCUCCAUCGCCGCCUCGUGCGCGUCUUUCGCGGCCACCGUCAUGUUUGCCGGACUCUCGUACAUAGAACACGCGAAGAGCCUUAAGCCUUCGUCCAUCCUGAAUACAUAUAUCCUCGUGUCCCUGGUGCUGGACGGAGCCAUCCUCCGCACCAUGUGGCUGUCGCACCUAAGCGUCGCCAUCAGCGCUGUCUUCGCCGCGUCCUUCGCGUGCAAGGCGGCCAUCGUGAUCCUCGAAGCCCAGGAGAAGACGCGAUAUCUCGUGCCGUCGCCAUCGUCGUCGUACAGCCCCGAGGAGACCAGCGGCAUCUACAGCCGCGGUCUCUUUUGGUGGCUUACGCCGCUGCUGCUGACGGGAUUCCGUCGUCUCCUGAAGCCGCUGGACCUGUUCGUCCUGGACGGGUCCAUGUCGGCUGCUGCGCUGAAUGAGAGGUUCUGGCUUCACUGGAGCAAGUCGCCCCCGUCGAGCGUCUCGACGGGCGGCGACGGCCAGCCUAGUGAAGCAUCACGAUCAUCGUCCAAGUACCGUCUCAUAAGGACGUGCAUCGUCACGCUGAGAUGGCAGUUGCUGGCAGUGGUCCUACCCAGGCUCUUUCUGCUCGGCUUCACCAUUUGCCAGCCCCUGAUCCUGAAUCGGUUCCUCGACUUUUUGCAGAACCCGUCCGAGACGGCCAACUACGGCUACGGUCUCGUUGGUGCCUAUGGGCUCGUGUACCUGGGCAUUUCCAUCUCCUCGAGCUUCUACUGGCACGCCGCUUUCCGGUGCCUGACCAUGCUACGGGGCGUAUUGGUCGCUGCCAUCUAUACCAAGACGACAGAGUUGCGUGUCGCUCCAGGAGACGACUCUGCAGCUGUGACCCUCAUGUCGACCGAUGUUGAAGCUAUCAUUCGUGCUUGGCGCGAAAUUCACGAGUUCUGGGCCAACACCAUUCAAAUCGCCCUCGCCACAUGGAUUCUCAGCACUCACCUCGGCUAUGCGGCCUCUGGUCCGAUCAUCGUGUCAGUCUUCGCGCUGGGUGCCACCGUAUUCCUCGCACCCUCUGCUCAAAAGUACCAGGUCAUUUGGGUCGAGAAGGUUCAGAAGCGCAUCGGCAUCACGUCGGCCAUGAUAGGCCACAUCAAGAGCAUCAAAAUGUCAGGCCUGACCCAGAAACUCUCCCAGACUCUGGCCGAUCUCCGGCUCGCCGAGAUGCGAGCGGCGACCCCCUUCCGCGUGAUCGGCGCCGUCACGUCCGCCGUCGCCCAAGUGCCCCUGAUGAUCGCCCCCGUCGUGGCCUUUGCCAUGUACACGACGAUUGCCUCCAAAAAUGGGCAAGGUCUCGACGCCACGAAGCUCUUCGCCGCGUUAUCGUUGAUCAUCCUGCUGGCCCAGCCGCUGUUUUGGAUGUUCGAGGUCGUGCUCGACAUGAGUGCGGCUCUGGGGUGCUUCAACCGCAUCGAAAAGUACUUGUGUGAACCGCCGCGGACAGAGUAUCGAGAUUUUCCGUCGAACUCACCCGCUAGAUAUUCUGGAGGUACGAGCUCCGACGCUCAAGAUGUGCGACUCCAGAAUCUGGAAAGCCGCAAAGGGCAGGUAUCAACAGAUACCAAGUCCGGAGGCACGAUCGCUAUUCGCGUGAAAGACGUGACGUUGGCGUGGAAGCCCGAAACGGUUCCCGCCGUUGAAUUAAUGGGUUUCGACAUAUCAAAGGGCCAACUCGUCAUGCUCGUGGGACCUGUUGCAUCCGGGAAAAGUACACUUCUCAAAGGUCUCCUCGGUGAACUGCCACACGUCACUGGAACAGUUGCCCUGUCCAGCGAUCGCAUCUCUUGGUGUGAGCAGAGCUCCUGGCUCGUUAACGGCACCAUUCGAAAGAACAUCAUCUGCUUCUCUGACUUUGAUCAUAAACUAUAUCAGCAAGUUCUCCAGGCGUGUGAUCUUGAGAAGGACCUCGCUCAGCUCCCGGAUGGAGACGAGACAUUGAUCGGAAGCAAGGGGAUUGCUUUAAGUGGUGGUCAAAAGCAGCGUGUCGCACUUGCCAGAGCCAUCUAUUCACGCCCUCGAAUCGCUCUAUUUGACGACAUCUUCAGCGGGCUUGAUAACCAUACGGCCAGGGCAGUGUUCCAGCGCGUCUUCAGUGCCAAGAAUGGAAUUCUCCGAUGUUGGGGAACCACGAUUGUGCUUGCGACUCAGUCAGUGAGCUUUCUAUCCCAGUCAGAUAUGAUCAUCGCCCUCGAGAGCGGCAAAGUAGUAGAGAAAGGAAAUUUUGAGGAUUGUCGAAAGGCUGGGGGCUACGUCUCAAGUCUCAUCUCCACCAAUACCGAGGAACAGGACGAGAGCAUCCCCGAGUCAGAAGAGCUUGCAGACGGGACUGUUCGUGACGCCCCGGUAGAGAAGAGCGCCAAGGUAUUGAAAGACCAGGAUGACAAGAGACGACAGCUAGGCGACUGGAGUGUCUACGGCUAUUACUUUGGUAGCGUUGGCGCCGCUCUCGUGGCCGUCUUGAUGGUCUUGGAGGUGACGUGGGCAUUCUUUUCUACGUUUCCGACCGUAUGGUUGAAGUUCUGGACGGACUCUCAAGCAGAAAGUCCAGCGAGCCAUAAUGCCUACUACCUCGGGGUGUAUGCCGCUUUCCAAAUCAGCGGUGUGUUGUGUUUUGCCGUACUCAUCUGGUUUGUUCUUGUUCCUGUCGCUUCAAAGUCGGGCAUCAGUCUACACCAGCGUCUACUCAAAGCCGUCAUGCACGCGCCCCUAUCUCUGUUCACGAAAACAGAUACUGGAUCCAUCACCACCCGAUUUUCGCAAGACGUAGGUCUGAUAGACAGGAGCCUUCCCCUGGCUCUUGUGAUUUCGCUCGCAAGCUUCUUCACCUGCGUCGGCAAAGCAUUUCUCAUAGCUUCCGCCUCAUGGUACAUCGCCAUCAGCUUCCCCGUCCUAAUCCUCAUCUUCUACUACAUCCAACGCGCAUACCUCCGCACCUCCCGCCAACUCCGCCUCUUAGACCUCGAAGAAAAAGCCCCCGUCUAUCUAGGCGAUGAAAAAGAAAAAGCUAACCAGAGCCUCUCCAAAAGCACCCACUUCCUCGAAACCCUCUCAGGCCUGCCCACAAUCCGCGCCCAAGCCCUCACACACCCCUCCGUAACCCACGCCCACGCCCUCAUAGACCGCUCCCAACGCCCCUUUUACAUCCUCCUCCUCACCCAGCAGUGGCUCACCCUCGUCCUCGACCUCACCACCACGGCGCUCGCCCUCCUCGUCGUCGGCCUCGCCGUCCAUCUCCGCGACACCGUCUCGGUCGCCCUCACGGGCGUCUCCCUCGUCCAGCUCAUCUCCUUCACGGAAACGCUCAAGCUGCUCAUCCAGUUCUGGACCUCGCUCGAGACCUCCAUCGGCGCGGUCGCCCGUAUUAAGAACUUUGCCGAGGAGACGCCGGACGAGACCGAGGCGGAUGCGCUCAGGAGGGAGGCACUGAUGAUUCGGUCUGCCGCCGGAGGGCAGCAGAGCCCAGAGGCCACAAUCGUCCACGGCUGGCCCUCCCGCGGCGCCAUCGAGAUAAACAACAUCGUAGCUUCGUACGAGCAGCAGCAGACACGCCCAGAGCCCAAACCCGACAACCAAGGCACCCAUCCCGGGAGAACCACCACAAAAGCCCUGGACGGCAUAUCCCUCUCCAUCCCCGCCGGCUCCAAAGUCGGCAUCGUAGGCCGCACAGGAAGCGGCAAAUCCUCCCUCCUCCUCGCCCUCCUGCGCCUCCUCCCCCUCUCCUCCGGCAACAUCUCCAUCGACGGGGUCCCCCUCGACGCCCUGCCCCUCCUGCCCUUACGAUCGGCCCUCGUCGCCAUCACCCAGGACCAAUUCGUCUUGCCGGGCACGGUUCGCCAGAACCUCGAUCCGCUGGGUUUAGUAUCCGAUGCUGAUGCCGAUGCCGCCGCCGCCGCCGAAAACAUCCUCGUCUCCGCCCUGACCCGCGUCGGUCUGUGGGAUACCAUCCGCGAAAACGGCGGACUCGAGGCCCAGUUCGCGGAAGAGGCGCUGAGUCACGGGCAGAGACAGCUCUUCUUCCUCGCGCGGGCGGUGCUCAGAAAAGAUGUCGGACGGGUCCUCCUCUUAGAUGAGGCGACGAGCAGCGUCGACGCUCACACGGAGCGCAUGGUCAAGGACCUCAUCCGCGACGAAUUCAAACACCACACAAUCAUCGCCAUCGCCCACAGGCUAGACACGGUCGUCGACUUUGACCGCGUCGUGGUCCUCGACAAGGGCCGCGUCGUCGAGGUCGGGAACCCCCGGGACCUGUUGAGCCAGGGACGGGGCAAGUUCAGGGAGCUGUGGGAUGCAAGUCGGCGGCAGGCUGGUGGACAAGAUGAAUGA